GCGCCAGCCCGCUGCCAAAGCAUUCGAACCCUGCUUGCCCACGGCGGUGGUAGUGGCAUGACCGCCGCCGAGCCACCGCCGGCGGGAGACGAGGCUCCGCAGGACCCGGCCGGCGUGCUCGUGCUGCUCGUGCUCGGCCUGCAGGGGAUGGGCACUCUCUUCGCCUUCAACACCAUCAUCACGCCGCUCAAGUACUACGAGCUCCGCUUCGCCGCGUCUCCCUUCUCCUCCUCCUUCGAGUCCAUGCUGAGCAUCACCUUCAACGCCGUUGCGCUCGCCUCCAUCGUCGCCUUCCAGCGGCUGCAGCACGUGAUCCGGCUCCGCACGACCAUCUUCGCCACCCUCGCGUGCGAGCUGGUCGUCUUUGCGACGCUCACCGUGUACACGCUCUCUCCGCUCCGCCGGCCCGCCGACGAGCUCCACGCCUUCCUCGAGGCGAGCUCCACCGCCAGCUUCACCGUCACGCUCUGCUGCACCGCGCUCGCCGCCGCCGCCACGGGCCUCCUCAACGGGUCGGUCGUCGCGUACUGCGCGAUGUUUCCGGCGCGGUACACGCAGGUCGCGGUGGGCGGGAUGGCCCUCGCCGGCCUCGCCGUCUCCGUCGCCGGCCUCGCCACCACCGUCCCCACGCAGAAUCAGCUCGUCGCGGCGGGUGGCGCAGGCAGCGAGCGCGAUGCGAUCGCCGCUGCGGGCGCAUACUACGGCGUGGCGGUGGCGGUGUUCGCGGCGUGCCUCGCCUCCUUCGCCUGGGCCGACGCCACGCCCUUCGCGCGCCACGUGCAGGCGAAGCACGCCCUCGCCUCGUGCAGCAGUCAGAGCGGGCCGCCGGGCGGGGCAAUUGGGGCUGUUGGCGGGGCU